AUGAGUUGCAAUGAUGACGAUGGUAAUAUUGAUGACGAAUUUCACGAUUCAUAUGAAGAGAAUUUAACUACUAACCGUGAGAUUUUUAUUACCUUUCAUGUUCAUCUGCCAAAAAACCUUGAUGAAACUAUGCGUCCUUCGGUGAUUGGCAGUAUUAAAGAGUUAGGAAAUUGGAAAAGACCAGUUGUGGAAUUGCAUCAAACUGAUUCCGAGUCUACAUAUUGGGUUUCAGAUCCGGUCAAAAUUUAUGUAGGUGGUGAACAGCCUCAGUACAAAUAUGCAUUUUACAAACCGCAAAAACUUCAAAACUGGGCUUCAAAUAAUCUUAGCAAUCACGCAAUUAUAGUGGAAGGUGAUUCAUCAAAAGACAACCGUGAAUUAUCAUAUGAAGAAAAUCAAUAUGAUGUAUGGAAAGCAAACCAUAUUAUGAAGCUUUAUAGUCCAAAUCUUGAUAAUGACUUUAGAUUUGUUAGUGUGAUAUAUGAAUCUGUAACUUUAGAAAAUUUCACAAAAAAAGUUAAGGAGUUUCAAAUGCUUUUAAAACAUCAUAAUGCGCCGACUGUUCGAGAGAUCAGUAUAGAUUCAAUUCUUAGUUACCUUUUAAUUGCAAGUAAUAAUUAUCAGAAGAUCUUAGCCUGCGUUAUGUUGGCUUAUCAUAUUGAGACUAUUCAGAAACAAACUAAUGCCUUCAUAAAAUUACGUGAAAAUUUUCCUUCAGCCAAUUUAUUACAAGUGUUACAAGAAGUUCAAACAGACAAUUUGCUACCUACAAGCGCUAAAACUUCAUUUACUUUUCUAACUUCAACUUUAGUCCGACAUAAUUCAUCAAAACGCAAUUCAUUUGAUUGGAUGAAAAUGUUUUCUGUUGCAUCGAUUCUUGAUUCAAACUAUACUUUCUUAUCUCAUAUUGUAAGGCAUGAAUAUAAGAAUGAUAAUGAGAUACAGAAUUUUUAUAAUUUACUCCAAAAGAACGUAAAGCCAUAUGUUGAUAAAAUUAAUAAAAUCACUAAUUCAUUAAUUUACCAUAAAGUUAUAAAGGAAAAUAUUGAUCGUGAGAUCAGUGAUUUCAUGUGCGAUAAUUAUAUUAGCAAAAAUGUCGAUUUUAAUAAUCCGUAUGAAUUAGAACAAAAUUUUAAAUCUUUUACCAAAGAUCUUUGUGAUGUAUGUUCACAAACGUUUCGUACUCUUAUUUGCAACAAUGAAUUAGCGUGGAAUCCCAAAUACCUGGAUUCAUUAUUUAGGCUGUUUCCUCAAUUAUUCACUGCAGAGCCAGAAACUUUACAUAUAUUAGAAUUGCUUUCCAAGUCGAAAAGUAUUGGUUUGCUACAGGCAUUUCCAAAAUGGUUAAAAUUCGUUUUAGAUUCGAGAGAUAAUAAACAAUUAUUACACGAAAAGAUUUCACCUCACUAUGUGACAUGGUACACAACCAUAACCUCCACCACCAAAAGGAAAAAUAUUCACUUUAUAAUCUUCAUGUAUCAACAACUUUCGGCUAUUUCAUUUAUUUUUAAAAAACGACCCAAGAUUUAUGAACAACAAUUAGCAAAGAUCAUUGAAACGAGAAUUGCCAACAUAUCAAGUCAAUGGUUACUUCAAUCAACAUCAUUUGUUGGCAGUUUCAAUCUUGAAGAUUAUAUUCUUAAUGAUUUCAUGAAAAUCUUUAAAGAAAAACUAAACCCGCAUAUUGGCACUAUUGACGAUAUGCUAAUUAAGACUAUUAAUAAGAUAUGCGAUUCAUCCGUCCAACCCUUGAAUGUCCCUAACCGAUUAUGUGAAAAUGCGAUCUGUUAUAUACUGGAUGUAGUUCAGAGUAAAAUCAUGAUGUCAGGAGAACUUAAUAAUGAUGAACAGCAAUUAUCAUUACUCAAAGCUUCUAAAUACUGGUCAUUUUUAUUAAAUGCUACUGGCGAGGUGAAUGAACUUCAGGAACAUCGACUAAUGACUUAUGUGCGUUUUCAGAUUAUUCAACUUGUUGAUGCAAUCAAAGAUAAAUCAAUUAAUAUGGGAUUACUUGAAACGUUAACUGAACUAAAUAAUGAUGAAUUAAUCAACUAUUUUAAUUCAGGUGUUGGCUUUGAUGUUGAGAUUACUGAUACUGAUGAUUGUUCUGAUUACCUCAAUGACCUUAGUGAAAAGAUGGAAUCAUUAAAAGAUGUAUCGCUUGAUAAAUUUACUUUUCAAGAUUAUUGGUUGCCUCAUAAAGUAAUUAUUGAAAUCUGCCAAAAGAUUCAACAAUAUAAAGAUUCCCAAACUUUUGCAAACACGGUUAAAAAUAACGUGAAAGAUGAAGAUUUACAAUCAAAUGUCUUGAAUGUGGCCAAAAUUUUUAGGGAAAACGUGAUCGAGCAAUAUCAAAAAACUUGUGAUAGUUACAAAAAUUGGCAGAACAUUAAUUGUUUUGAGGCACGGAAAUUUUGGAAAGAUAUUGCUAAGGAACAGAUUAGGUAUGAGCUUGAAAUAAUAACUGGUGACGCUUCAUUGUAUAAAUCACAUCAAAGGCAAAAUGAACUAGUUGUUUCUAUAGAAUAUUUGACUCUUAUUCCAUCUUACAUUACGCGCUUUAAAUGUCUUUCGCAAGUUCUUACCCAAUUUAAAGUAAGGGAUGCUGAUAAAAGUUGGGUAAUUGAAAUGUUAAAAGAUUUAGAUGAUGAUGAUAUGAAAUUGAAUAUGUUGCCCGAUAUGUUUCAAAAGCUUAAUAAGCAUUUAAAUGAACUUGAUGAAUACACCUGGUCUGUUAUUAAAGAACUUAAUUUUACUAAUGAAUUUAUCAAGUAUUUGCUCGAAAAUUUAAUUGGGAGAGAUCUAACAAAUCUUAUCAAUGCUGAUGUUGACGAUAAAUCGGAUACAAAACUAUUAGAAGAGAGCACCGUAGCCGCCUUAAUAAAAGUCAACAAAGCAUUAAAUCCGUUAAAUAAAGAUGCUGCUAAAUUAUCGACUACUUCAUUUUUAAAAUGCUUGUCUGAAGUAUCACAAAAAAGUCCUACACUCGCUGAAAAAAUAAGGUCUUGCGGAUCGCAUAAAUUGGCUUUACAGAAUAUGUAUCGUAAUAUAGUCAAACGAGGUGAAGUUAAUAAGGAACGAAUUAAAAAUGCCGCAACAAUCGGUCUCUAUAUAUUUGAACAUAACGAACUAUCGAAUUCGUGUGAACUUACAUUGAAAUAUGAUACAACACAAAAUCAACAUAAUGAUUCACCUCGUGUUGCAGCAUCUUAUAAUAUAACGAAAUUGCACGAUCUCUGUAGUCGUGCACUAUUGAUUGGGAAAUCUGGAGCCUCAGUUGAUGAUGAUGGUACUGAAGAUAUUAAUGUGCUAAUGAAUCAAUUUAUUAUGCAAGUUGAUUUAGCACAGCAAAUCAUCACAGUAGCUUCACGAUUGAUUCAAUAUGGACAUUUUCUUUAUCAAAAGAUGCAUGAAGAAGCUCAUGGAACCCUCGACUUGCAAAAAUUGUUAGACAAAUUAACUAAUGACAUGGAAAAAUGGGAAAAAAUAAUUGAUAAAGCACAAAACGAUCAUUACUAUUUAACCUUCUUUUCUGCAC